AUGGGGCAUCCGCGCCAAGAAUGCGAGCGCCAGAGAGGCCGCGGAGCUGGCGAUUUUCAAAUGAUUGACAUCGUUGACUUCCUCGCCGCCGGGAGCAAAGCAGAAUUUGCAUGGGCGAACGAAGACAUUGAUUGGCUUUUCGCAGGAGGAGACCAGACGGCAGAGCUGGAUCAUGGAGCCUCUAUCAGGCUCCCGCAGGUGUGGAAGGAGUUACUCGAUAAUCCUGUUAUGCACUCGGUGCCCAAGUGCAAGAAUUUGGAGAGCGAUACGGUUGGCUCGCUGUGCUGGACAGGAUGCGGCGAAGCUGGUCAAGCUACGUGCAGCAAGCUAAACACCAAGCGCUUGCAAACUCGGGGGGCUCGCUUCGUCAAGCUCGCCGAGUACGAUUUCGCGGGCGAUUGGUCGAAAGGCCACAGACUGGGGUGCCAUGGCGUGAGAAAUUUCGGCAGAAACAUCCGGCGUUCCGUAUGCGGGCUGGCCAACAUGCAGCCCAGUCCUGAAGACAUCGAACGGCUGGGCAGUUCGUUCCGGCUCGAGGCCAUCCCGGAGCCUUUCAGGUCCGAGAUGGACGACCACGAGAUAGAGAAGGCCUUCCGCGCCCAUGGGCUGGCCGGCCGCAGCAGCGACCUCCACAGGUACCUUAACUUCUUGCUGCCUAACUUCAGAGUGCCCAUGGUCCUGAAGAGGCUGGCCGUCAUGGCGUACUACGACUUCGCCCAGCGGCCCCUCCCCUGGGAUCUGCUCCCCGCCAGGGCGUACGCGACUCGCCUCUCGCGCUUCCUCUCGGCGUGGGUCUCCUCCCCGACCGACCAGGACUGGGAGGAAAGCAUGUGUCCAAGCCUCAGGGGCGCUGGCUGCGCGCACAUCGUCGGCGGCGUGUGGGAGCAGGACGAUGGAAACCGAGCUCGAGGACGGUGGCGACGAAGACGGGUGAGCCGACAAUGCGGGAUGUCAGGCUCUCGCCAGUGGUGGGCAGUGGGAUGGAGGCGGUCCUGA